UCCGUGUGCUCCCGGUUGCCUGGUAACGUGCGCGCGCGCGACAGUGGGCGCUCCUGACCUUGCGUCCACGAUCGCGCUGCGCGCUCCCGCGCUCAACAAAAUAGCCAGGCGGGACGCACGAGCUCAAACGGGAAAAGAGAAAAGGAGGAAAAUAUUAAUAAAAUUAAUGAGACCAAUCACAGCCGCAGCGCGAGCGGGUGGCGCGAGGCGUCGCAAGGCGGAUGCUGCUGAUCAGGAUGAGAUUAAAGAUUCUGGACACGCAGCGGCGGAGUGAAGGCGCGAGACACCGGAUGUGGGCUUCGGCAGAUUCGUUUCUAAAUAACCCCGUCCGAACUGUCGAGGCCUCCUUCCGUGUGGUUCCCGGAGAAAGCUCGUAUGUGGUUUAUGCCAGCACUGGCAAUUUGAGAUGUUUUGAGUAUGGACGUGUCGGAUAUAAGCGACUCGCAUGCUCACUGAAAAAGCCGGGUCCAGCGGGGCUGCUGGCGCAAACAACGUGGAAACAGGUGAAGGUACGUCAGCAGUCACUACUCCGGAGGUGACUCGAGGAGAGGAGGUGCGUAUCGUGUGUGAUGGAGUUUGUGCUUUGAGGGGCAGUGGAUCGUUACCUGUGAAUUCCCUGACCAAUGGCAUCAUCUGUGCAGAAACCACCUGGCUGAGGGGCGGAGCUCUGCGUCUACCUGGGCACGUGUGUGAGUGUGUGUUUGUGAGGUGAGAGAGACCAUGUGGCACGCACGGAUGAGAGGUCACCUGUCACACACACACCAGCUCAGGCGAUCUCUAACCUUUGCCCUGUGUGGGCUGUGCUGGGUGUGGUUGCCAUGGUGUGUCUCUGUGGCGACAGCACUGAGCUACCAGCCCACGGUGAACACGGCUCUGGGGCGUCUGCGGGGAAUGCGGGUUGCCGUAGCGGCAGAGGGUCUUGGCCCUGUGGACCAGUUUCUGGGUGUGCCAUACGCAGCACCACCGGUGGGAGAGAAGCGCUUCAUGCCCCCCGACGCCCCCUCGGCCUGGUCCGGCGUCCGGAAUGCCACAAGAUUCCCGCCUGUGUGCCCCCAGACAGUCCGGAAUGCUGUGCCGGAUAUCAUGAUGCCCAUCUGGGCCACAUACAACCUAGACACAGUGGCGAUGUACCUGCAGGAGCAGAGCGAGGACUGCCUGUACCUCAACAUAUAUGUCCCCACUCAGAGCGGCACUAAGAAAGCGGGCAGUGAUUCUGAAGACGAUGGAUUGCGUGAGGCUCGUGAAGACCCCCGGCCAGUGAUGCUGUUUAUUCACGGUGGAUCGUAUAUGGAGGGAACUGGAAACAUCAUGGACGGCAGCGUCCUGGCCAGCUACGGCAAUGUCAUCGUCAUCACACUCAACUACAGAGUGGGAAUACUGGGCUUCUUGAGCACCGGAGACCAGGCCGCUAAAGGAAAUUACGGGCUGCUGGAUCAGAUCCAGGCUCUGCGCUGGAUCAGUAAAAAUAUCGGAUAUUUUGGAGGAGACCCGGGUCGAGUCACCGUGUUCGGAUCAGGAAUUGGAGCAUCGUGUGUCAGUCUGCUUACUCUGUCCCACCACUCAGAGGGUCUGUUCCAUCGAGCGAUUAUCCAGAGCGGCUCGGCUCUUUCCAGUUGGUCAGUAAACUACCAGCCGGUGAAGUACACCCGCCUGCUGGCCGAGCGUGUGGGCUGCAAUGUGCUGGACACACACGACCUGGUGCUGUGCAUGCAGAAGCGCAGCUACAGGGAGCUGGUGGAGCAGGACAUCCAGCCGGCGCGCUUCCACAUUGCCUUCGGCCCGGUCAUCGAUGGCGACCUCAUCCCCGACGACCCGGAAGUGCUGAUGGAGCAGGGCGAGUUUCUCAACUAUGACAUCAUGCUGGGCGUCAAUCAGGGGGAGGGGCUUCGCUUCGUGGAGGGUGUGGUGGAGCCUGAGGAGGGCGGCGUCUCUGGGUCGGAUUUUGAUUUUGCUGUGUCGGACUUUGUGGACGGUCUCUAUGGUUACCCUGAGGGAAAGGACACGCUGAGGGAGACGAUAAAGUUCAUGUACACGGACUGGGCCGACCGAGACAACCCCGAGACGCGGCGCAAAACCUUGGUGGCCAUGUUUACGGACCACCAGUGGGUGGAGCCUGCGAUAGUGACUGCAGACCUGCACGCCCGCUAUGGCUCCCCCACGUUCUUCUACGCCUUCUACCACCACUGCCAGAGCCCCAUGAAGCCCGCCUGGGCUGACUCAGCCCACGGAGAUGAAAUCCCUUAUGUGUUUGGAGUUCCACUCAUAGGACCUACCGAGCUUUUCCCUUGCAACUUUUCACGAAACGACAUCAUGCUCAGCGCCGUCGUCAUGACCUACUGGACCAACUUCGCCAAGACUGGAGACCCCAAUAAGCCGGUUCCCCAGGACACCAAGUUCAUUCACACGAAGGCGAACCGUUUCGAGGAGGUUUCCUGGUCCAAGUACAGCCCUCACGACCAGCUGUACCUGCACAUUGGCCUAAAGCCUCGCGUCCGUGACCACUACCGCGCCACCAAGGUGGCCUUCUGGAAGCACCUGGUGCCUCACCUGUACAACCUGCAUGACAUGUUCCACUACACCUCCACCACUACCCGCGUUCCUCCUGCGCAGACCACGCACAGCACCCGUAGCUCCACGCCCCGGCCAGGAGGGGGCAGCAAGACCCGAACGCCCGGCAAACGCCAGCCACCCCAGUCCACGGCCCGCAGUGGCCCACUGGUCAUCGCCAAUCCACGGGAUUACUCCACCGAGCUCAGCGUGACCAUUGCUGUCGGAGCUUCGCUUCUGUUCCUCAACGUUCUGGCAUUCGCUGCACUCUACUACCGCAAAGACAAGCGCAGCCGGCAGGACACGCCCCCCCAGUCCAUCCCCCAGCGCCAGACCCCGCCCAACGACCUCAACUAUGUGCCCACUUCAAUUUCUGGAGGGGAGAAGGAGGAGGGGUCGCUGUGUGACCCCCUGCGCUUGACCCCAGCCUCGUCUCCGAGGGAUUACGCUCUAACCCUGCGCCGCUCACCUGACGACAUCCCACUCAUGACCCCCAACACCACCGCCACCUUGACGCCCAAUAGCGUCUCCAUGACGCCCAACAGCAUCUCCAUGACGCCCAACACUAUCACGAUGUCGCCCAGCUCGCUGAUGGGGUAUCCCAGCAUGCACCCCUACAACACUUUCACGCACGGCUACAACAACACAGGCCUUCCACACUCACACUCAACGACCCGAGUAUAACGCACCGACGGCCAGUUUCACAGCCAGCCUUCAUCGCUGCGGCACCAGCCGUCCAGACCUGCUCAAACAUGUUUCCACAGCAGUGCGGUCAGAAGAACCAUGAGGCACCAGAGCCUGGUAGAACCCCAGCAUUAAUCCAUAUGAUGAAUUAACUCAUUAUUAAAAUCGGGAUCCAACAGUCAGGAAUUUUCAUGGCUAAUUCUAAUUGUCCAGUUUAUUUACAGCCAAGUUGGCCUUGGAAACCCAAAGAUCACUCUGUGUUUGCAAGGAGAAGACGUUUGUCUUUUCUGGUGAAAGUUACAAUGUAAAUCACACCAUUUACUCCUUAAUGGACCAAACUGCUUGUUUCAACCGAUUAACGUGAGUCAAACCAAGCGCUCAACGUAUUUACACCAUAAAACUGCAGCACAGAUCGGCCAAUCACACGUUUCUAUUUAUCGCUGCGACUGGAGCAAAAACUCCAAUAUCUGUUUUUGUCAUUUUUUCAUUUUUUGACAUAAUUUAAAAGAAGCUUUAAUUGUGUGUUCGUUGCAGGAUUAAUGGCCCAAAAUUCCGUUUUCCAUUUUUCCAUCAGCAGCAAAUUUUUAAUGUGAUUUAGAUUUUAGAGCAAAAUGGUGCCACUUCAUCUCCUGAUCGCGCAUCUCUGAUUAAAAACGGAGGAACAGCCUCGGCUGCAACUCGGAGAUAUUUAUCUGUUUUCAGUAGUAACACAACCUGCACUCAGUUUGGCCAUUUGUGCCCUGAGAGACAGCAGAUGGCGUCACCUGACAGCCUGAAGCAGCUCCACUCUUAUUCCUUCAUGGGUUUGCAGAGGGCUGAAUGGGUGAGAUGAAACCAAGCCAACCUGAAAUAAACUUAAGGACAAAACGCAGCAGCACACAGAUCCGCCAUGGUGACAUGAUCAAGGAUUAGCUGCCAAAAAUGGAUUCUUACACUGCGGAUAUUUCUGAUAGGGCUCCUGACACGCUCAGUAUCGGAGCCGGUUUUCCAGCGAUGCAGCAAGGAGCACUGAGUUGGGACGUGAUUGAAAACUUUUUUGAUUUACCUUUUUCUAGUUUACAUUAAACGGAACAUGUCAUUCGGUGCUUUAACGAGCCACUGUUCUUGGAUCAGAGAUGAUUAUGUGGCGCUCAGCUGAACGGGUCCAGUCAUGUGCCGGUUUUCUUCCCUUCUGUUUUGGGUCUAACAGAUGGUGAGGCUGGUUGUGGACCAUCCACACACACUGGAUUAUGAACCUUUUCCUGUUCGUACUGUGGAGAACCAGAGUGAUGUACUGUCCUACGUGCUCCUGCUGGACCAUAGGGAGCGCCCUCACCUCUCAGAACUUCACUUUAUAGACAAUCAGAAAAAAAUCAACAAAAGCUGGGCUCUAGAACUUUCUCCACUGAGCUCUUCAAAUCAUCUGUCACCGGCUAUAAUAAGACAGUAAUAACAUGUGUAAUAAGAGUAAUAACUAUGUCUGUACAGUCCCAGUGUUACAUAUAUUAACUCUUUACUUCGGAGCUCCGGAGAUGUUGUUACUAAUUACGUUAAACUCCUCAGUGUGGAGGAGUAACGGAGUAACGGAGUAACGGAGGGCUUUUUAUCACGAGGCGGUUCUGAAGAAUCGGACUCUUCGCGCAGAAUCUCUCGAGGGAGUUCUGCGCUGAUAUCUUUACUCGUUCAUGCCUUUCUGAAUGUCUCCAUCCUCUUCAUCCCGCUGAGGUCGGCCUCCCGUUGGAAUCUUCCAUUUUCUGUUCCACCUUAAACGGUGCAGCUGGUACAUUCUGUUGCCUCAGUCUGCUGCACCAUUUAAGCGGAAGGUUCUGGAGCCUCAGGUGUGAGAUUGUAAGUGCUGCGCCAUUUAAGGUGGAGCCGAAGGUUCAGGAGCCUCAGGUGUGAGAUUGUAAGUGCUGCGCCAUUUAAGGUGGAGCGGAAGGUUCAGGAGCCUCAGGUGUCAGAUUGUAAGUGCUGCACUAUUUAAGGUAGAGCCGAAGGUUCAGGAGCCUGAGAUGUCAGAUUGUAAGUGCUGCACCAUUUAAGGUGGAGCGGAAGGUUCAGGAGCCUGAGGUGUCAGAUUGUAAGUGCUGCACCAUUUAAGGUGGAGCGGAAGGUUCAGGAGCCUCAGGUGUGAGAUUGUAAGUGCUGCGCCAUUUAAGGUGGAGCGGAAGGUUCAGGAGCCUCAGGUGUCAGAUUGUAAGUGCUGCACUAUUUAAGGUAGAGCCGAAGGUUCAAGAGCCUGAGAUGUCAGAUUGUAAGUGCUGCGCCAUUUAAGGUGGAGCGGAAGGUUCAGGAGCCUGAGGUGUCAGAUUGUAAGUGCCGUGCCAUUUAAGGUAGAGCGGAAGGUUCAGGAGCCUCAGGUGUCAGAUUGUAAGUGCUGCGCCAUUUAAGGUGGAGUGGAAGGUUCAGGAGCCUGAGUUGUCAGAUUAUAAGUGCUGUGCCAUUUAAGGUAGAGCGGAAGGUUCUGGAGCCUCAGGUGUCAGAUUGUAAGUGCUGCGCCAUUUAAGGUGGAGCGGAAAGUUCAGGAGCCUGAGGUGUCAGAUUGUAAGUGCUGCGCCAUUUAAGGUGGAGCGGAAGGUUGAGGAGCCUGAGGUGUCAGAUUGUAAGUGCUGCGCCAUUUAAGGUGAAGCGGAAGGUUGAGGAGCCUGAGGUGUGAGAUUGUAAGUGCUGCGCCAUUUAAGGUGGAGUGGAAGGUUCAGGAGCCUGAGGUGUCAGAUUGUAAGUGCUGUGCCAUUUAAGGUAGAGCGGAAGGUUCUGGAGCCUCAGGUGUCAGAUUGUAAGUGCUGCGCCAUUUAAGGUGGAGCGGAAGGUUGAGGAGCCUGAGGUGUCAGAUUGUAAGUGCUGUGCCAUUUAAGGUGGAGCGGAAGGUUGAGGAGCCUGAGGUGUGAGAUUGUAAGUGCUACGCCAUUUAAGGUGGAGCGGAAGGUUGAGGAGCCUGAGGUGUCAGAUUGUAAGUGCUGUGCCAUUUAAGGUAGAGCGGAAGGUUCUGGAGCCUCAGGUGUCGGAUUGUAAGUGCUGCGCCAUUUAAGGUGGAGCAGAAGGUUCAGGAGCCUGAGGUGUCAGAUUGUAAGUGCUGCACCAUUUAAGGUGGAGCGGAAGGUUCCGACAGAGGCCACUUCAGCUCUGUGUCCUGUGGACUGAUAUAAAUCUCUCUUUUCUGAUCCGUCUCUGAAGUUCUGCUCAGUUUUAUGCGCUGUGUUUCUGCGUCUGAUUGAGUUCUACGUUGCGUUCCGCGUUCCGCGUUUUUGCCAUUAUUUCUGGAUGUUUUUCUGCUCAGUGGGAACAAAUCAUUUCUAAUGAAACGUGAACGUGUGACGGUGACAGGGCUUCUACAGUGUGGGAGAGAGUGGGGGAUUGUAUAUUGCGGGGACGGUGAGACAGCGUUGCUAUGGUGAACGGUGUGCUAACCCCCCAACAAAUGCCCACCCAUGACGGACACUUGUGCCAAACUUCUACGAGCCUACAGAACUUUUCUCGUAACCAGCAGAACGAUUGUUCCCGUCGCUCCUUGAAAACGUGUAAAUAUUUACCUGCUUUAUAGAAACUCGUCUGUUUCUGUUUGAAUUAUUCUUCGCUCCUGUAAUGUGGGAUGUUCUUCUCUGUCAUUUCUCCUUUUCCAGCACUCUUUCAUUUCAUCCUUCUCUUCUUUUCUGGUGUUCUCUCUCACUUUUUUCCCUUUUUCAUUCCACUCUUUCUCUUUCAAAUUCUUUCAAUUCUUUCUUUUUCUUUCUUUUCUCUUGUCAACCGUACGUCCAUCGCUCCUUUGCUUUUUCUUCUCUUUUCCUCUUCCUCUCUUUUUCUAUCACUUUGGGAAUUUUCUUUCCUUUUUUUGUGUCUCUUGUCUCUGCUUUCCUCUUUUUUCUUGCACUUCACCUUUUUUCUCCUUUCUUGCUUUUUUCAUUGUAUCUUUCCGAUCUCGCCUUUUCUUUCUCUUCUUUAUCUCUCCCUCCCUCUUUCUCCAUGCUCUUUAUACUGUCUUUUACUUUUAUCGGUUCUGUGUCUCCCUCUCUCUCUCUCUCUCUCUCUCUUAGCUUUUAUUGCCCUCUCUCGUCCCCUUUUAUACUCUGUACAUGUCUCUCCUCAGAUUUGCAGUAAAUAUUCAGUUUGCUUA